AUGCAUCUGCAAACCGCUGCAGAUGAAGUCCGCUGCAAAACCUUUCCCAUGUUUCUGAAGGGGAAGGCCCGGCUCUGGUUCCAGGGUCUGGCACCGGGGUCCAUCCGGAAUUUCCCCGUGCUGGCCAGACAAUUCGUCGCCCAGUUCGUCUCCUCGAAGACUUACUCGAAAAAUGCAGCUCACCUGAUAGCAAUCAGGCAGAAGCCGGACGAGUCCCUGAGGAAUUUCAUGACCCGCUUCAACACGGAGAGCUUGCAGAUCAGGGACAAGGAUGAGAAGGUGGUCAUGGCCGCCUUCAUGAACGGGCUCAGGGCGGAGGAGCUCUUCUACAAGCUGGCUGAGAAGCCUCCUGUGGACCUGAAGGAGCUCUUGAUCAGGGCACACGCUGCCGCUAACGCGGAGGAGGCGGCACGCCUGAAAAGGGAGUCGGAUCGGGAGCUCGGCGAUCGGAGAGGACGUGGAGACCCCGAAAAUAAAGACGGCCCGGCCAAGAAGAACGUUUUUGACCGACUCUCAAAGGAGAAAGCCCCCGCUCAGCCACCGCUUCCAGAAAAAGGGUACACCCCCCUGACUCGACCCAGAGCCAAAAUCCUAGCCGUUAUGGAGGCGGAGGGCCUGGGGGAACGGCCGCCUAAGAUGGGGACACCCCGGAACAAGAGAAACCAGGACCGGUACUGUGCCUUCCACCGUGAUGUUGGGCAUGAUGCGGAGGGGUGCUGGGCCCUGCGAAAGGAGAUCGAAGCUCUGAUUCAGCGCGGCUUCCUGGGGCGAUUCGUGCGCCAUGCAGCUCGGAAGAACAGGCGGCCUCCCCCCGAGGGGGAUGAUUCCCUGAAGCGCUUGCGCAUGGAUAAGGAGAUCACCUUCGGACCAAGGGAUGCGGUUCCCCUGGCGUCUGGAAACCACGAGGCCAUCGUGAUAGACGUCGUGACCAAUAACUAUCGGGUGAAGAAAGUGUACGUCGACCAGGGGAGCGCAUUGGACAUCCUGUUUUACAGGGUGUUCAAGGAGCUCGGCUUGAAGGACGGACAGCUAACCCCGGUUCGGACACCCCUGGUGGGCUUCACCGGACCGCCCAUCAAUCCGGAGGGGAAGUUCACCCUGAUGGUCACGGUAGGGCAGGCGCCCAAAUACUGGACCAUCCCCGUCAAUUUCGUGGUGGUCAAACAACAAUCCCCAUACAACGUGUUCUUGGGACGGCCCGCCUUGAAUGCCCUCCGAGCUAUCCCCUCGUCUCUCCACCUCAGCGUCAAAUUCCCCACCCCGAGAGGAAUAGCUGAGGUGCAUGGAGAUCCAGAGGUGGCCAGAGCUUGCUACUUAGCCAUGCUCCGGGGGCAGGAGAAGGUGGUCGCCCAGACGACCAGCCUGGAGCCCUAUAUCCCAGGGGAGGAGGCUCGGCAGUUGGGCACCCAGGACGAGAUCAAGGGGUUCCCCCUGAGGGAGGACAGGCCCGACCAGGUCCUCCGCAUUGGCGCGUCGCUACCCCCCGAGGAGAAGGAGGGUUUGAAGGCCCUAUUGAUAGAAUAG